UCGCUUACGACACCCACGCACCCUCCCCGUCGCACACCCGACGCUUUCACCAUAGUAGCAUAGUCCCGUAGCGCCACCGCUGCCCGAGUCGCUCGCGUCAGACCCUUUCUCCCCUACGCUGCCCCGACAACAUUCAACAGGCUAUUUUUAUCCCCCGUGCACAUGCUCACGGCGAAUAUACAUAUAUAAUACCAUAACAAUAUCAUUAUCAACUAUUUUUAUUAUUAUUAUUAUUGCCGCCGCCGCUGAAAUUUUCGUCUUCGCUGCUGCACCAGCAGCACUGAGCACUUUGAACAGACCGCGACCAGACGAUGCGGCCUGCUCCCUUCCUCCUCAACAACUGUUGUAGUACAAGCAGCCGUAACGGCAUCAUCGCUAUCGUCAGCAGCGGCCGUGUCUUUACCAGUCGACGACCCUCGUUUUGAUCCCGUCCGUGCCGACGAAAAUAGUUUUUCGUGAGUGAGUAGAAGAGGAGAAAUCUCGUCAGAAGCAACCCCCGCACGCCUUCAGUAACCCCCGCACGCUCCGUCGAGAAGUCCGACGAACACGCCGACUGACCUACACGCGCCGCGGGCGGAAGCUAUAACGAUGCCUCCGGACAUUAGCGAUCGUACGCGUGUGAGCGUCGACAAAUUAUUGUACAGUCGUGUCGUGCCGUCCAUCAUGCCGGGUGUUUGCAGCGAUCCCAACUUUUUCGAGACCACCGUCGAGCCACUGCUUGCGGCCGGCCGCGAGAGCGACCUGUGCGAGUGGCUCAAGAAAAAUGGACUGAUUGCCAAGGAACAAAAGUGCCCGAACAAUGAGUGUCUUACAACGGAAAAGAUGCAGUGGCACCGCGCACGUGUGGUUGACAAAUUCAACUGGGUGUGCCUGGAAUGCAAGAAGAAGGUGCCGAUUAGGAACACAUCCUUCUUUGCCGACUUCAAAUGCGAGCUGGGUUACGCUCUGAAAGUCAUUGACGGUUGGUGUAAGAAUAUACCACUCAGUGAUAUCAGUGGUGAAGGCAGAACCAAAGUAAAUGUGACCAAACGUAUUUACAACGGAUGCACUCAAGUGGCCGAGUGGCAUUUGAAAAAGAUUGUUGGUGACUUCAAACUGGGUGGCACUGAUGUCGUAGUCAUCGUAGAUGUGUUUCCAGAUGGCAAUAUGAGUUUGGAAGUACCAACCACGUCCCAUAACAAUAACUUUUCCAAAAGAGUGCUAUGCAUUGCCGAUACAGCCCAUGUUCCUGUUCGUGUGUGGGCAAGCCUUCUGGAUGGAUCUAAUAAAGAAAAUUCUAAAAUUGUUGAAAUGGUUAAAAACCAUGUAAUGUUGGGCUCCACUAUUGUAACAAAUGAAAUGUUAUAUCCAUUGUUGCACAAUUUACCUGGAAUAGGAGAAGUCAUAAGCACAGAAGCAUUGAUGAAUUUGGACAUAAACCAUGAUCACAAAUCUUUAAAAAAUUUAGAAACUAUUUGGGCUACCACUGUAGAAGCCUGUAUCCAGUUACAAGACAUGGCUACAACACAUGCUGAACAGCAUCUAUAUGAAUUACAGUGGAGACAGAUGUAUGGAUUUAUAGCGUUUCCGUCCUUGAUACAACAGAUUGUUGAGUAUACAGCUUACAAUAACCCAAUAUGUCCACCUUUGCCUAGCAUAUGGCCAACAAAUUAAAUCAAUUGAUUAGUACAAAUGUUAGCGUACUGCUAAACCCACCGCUUAAUAUUAUAUACAUGGUAUUUUUUGUCAAUUAUUGUAUGACAUUAUGACUACUAUUAAGUUUGGAGAAGUAAUUUUAUAAACCUUGUUCAUAACCAUUAUUUUCACACAUAACAAUGCUCUUAAUGAUACCUGGACAUAAUUUUAUUUUUAAAUGAAACACUGAUAUGCCAAAUAAUAAGACUUCAUAAUAUUAAUAAUAUUUAAAUCAACAUAAUAAAGAUCUAACAUAUUUUUUUAAAUUUUAACCAAAAAUAAUUAAAACACUGAAGAAACCUUAGAUAUUUUUUAAUAUUUUUUGCGUUCUGUGUACUAGCUUUAACUUUCUCAUCCACGGCAACACCCAGUAUAUUAUAUAUAUUUUUAAUUUAUACUUAUCAAUUGAACGUCACAUUUUAUAAUAUUAAUUGAUCUAAAAAAAUAUGUUUUCCCCACCUUUGACUUAUUUGUUCUUUUUAGUUUCACUGAAAGUAUGACAACUAUAUUAUUUAAAGUCCAUUACUAAAACUAAAAUUGAAUAAUCUACAUCUUUUAUAUUUUGUUAUCAGAUUCAUAUCAAUCGUCUUAAAAUGU